AGUCUGAAAAAGGAUCCGUUUUUCACGUAUAGAUGUUUCUCACAUGAUCAACUUCAACUCCAGCACGUUGAUUAAUAUCCUAUGGACUUUUACUAGUUCCUAGAACGUCGAAAGAAGCUGAUUCCUCCUCUUCUCUCUCGGAGUUGAUGGAUUCUUAUUAGAUCACAUCACCACCUUGAUAGUUAAAGUACUUAGUUAUACUUCCUGCAACAGAAUAGAACAAAAUCCACUACAAAAUCCACAAAAUGGUGCUUCGUGAGUUGUCCGUGUCAUUGACGGCCUCGUUCCGCAAGUUUGGCGCGCGUCAAAGUGCCCAAGCCGUUGCCGAAGUGGAUCAGUUGCUGGAGGAAAUGGGGAAUGCAUUACUCGCUGCCGACGUUAGUGUGCCCUACGUGCAGUUGCUGUUAAGAUCGCUUGUUGAAGUCAUUUCAUAGGUAAUUAUGUGAACUCAUUUGAUAGUGACUCAGAUAGAUAGUUUUCGAUAUAGUGAGGCUAUAUGUUGAUGUGAACUCAUUUGAUAGGUAAUACUCAUUUCAUAUGUUGAUGUGAACUCAUAUGAUAGGGAGGUUUGCUUGUUGAACUCAUUUGAUAGGUAAUUAUGUGAACUCAUUUGAUAGUGAGGUUUUUGAUAGUUGUUCGUAUUUAUAAUUCUAUUUGUUCUAAUCAUACGUAAGAAUAUACGGCAAGAAGUGCUGGAUGAGAAUGCGAUCUUGGAAAAUUAUGGGGUGCGUGGUGGCUUCACAAAACUGGGAUCGCAGCAGAAAGUCCGGAUAUUACAACGAGGCGUAGUGAAGCAUUUAUCGGACUUGUUAUUAAGGCUUUGGUAAUUUUUUUGAAAAGAAGAAAUGAGUCAGCGUAUCAUUUUAUCAAGCUGGUACUAGUACUAGAAGCUGGUAUUGCAAGAACAUAUUCAUCAGAUGCAGCAGUUGGGCUAAUUUAAUCAAUGACCUCUUUGAAUCUUCUUCCCCGCAACAGCAAUUACGUCAAGAUUAUUGUUGAAAGCUCGACCUCUAAUACAGAGGGGUGAUAGAGAACCCUUUGCGCCGCAGAAGAACGUAACUGGGCAGGUGUUACUUUUUGUUGGGUUGCAGGGAAGCGGAAAAACAACAUCAAUAACCAAGUACGCGCACUACUACAAGAUGAAAGGUAUUGUUUACGCAUAAGAGGCAGUUGAUCUUGGUUUCUCAGUCUGCUGUCGGAGUAAGUGAUAAUAUGAACAUCAUCUACAGCACAAUAGUAUCAUGGCCGCUAGUUCAAGAAUUCUACUCAAAAAUCCUCCUAGAAGUUGUAGUUUCAUUUGUGACUAGUCCUGCCAGGGUGAACGCCAAAAGCGACGAGGCUACAACUACUACAUUGUUCCCCAGAUGUGAGAGUAGUAGUAGUUGUAGCCUCGUCGCUUUUGUCGUUCACCUUGAUGGCAGGACUAGUCGCGACUUUUAGCAGCUACUAUUCAACUACUACUCUCACAUCUGGGCGGGAACAACUUUUACUAGCUACUAUUCGUUCCUCCACCCCUCAACCUCCUCCUUUCAACCUCCGCAAUACAGGCUUUCGCGUAGCUCUUGUUUGCGCAGACACGUUUCGUGCGGGUGCUUUUGACCAAUUAAAGCAGAAUGCGUCGAAGAUAAGAUGUCCAUUUUACGGUUCCUACACCGAGACCGAUCCUGUGGUCAUAGCAGAGGAAGGCGUUCGCUUUUUCAGAGAAGAAGGGAAUAAUUACGGCAAUCAGAAACCUUGAUUUAUCUUAGUUAUACAUGUUGCUGCUGUUCUUGUAUCAGUAUCAGUGAAUAUGAGUAUAGCAUAAGGGCAUACCUAAAAGUACGCUGGGGGGCAAUUUUUGAAUUACAGAUCAUGAACAACUACAGAGACCGGAACGUCAGCUAUGGUCACAGUAGUUCUACAACUACGAGACCGGAACAAUUCCGUACUAGCUCUAAAACCAGUACGAUUUGAUUCUCGUGGACAGCAGUGGCCGGCACCGCCAGGAAGCGGCACUCCUAGAGGAGAUGCAGCAGUUGUAUGAGGCCGUACAACCUGUGAGUGGCGUCAUUCUCGUUAUGGAUUCCCAUAUUGGGCAGGCUGGGUUCCGACAAGCGGAGAGCUUCGCAGAGGCAGUGGACGUUGGCAGCGUUAUUUUGACCAAGAUGGAUGACAGUAGUGGCACGAAAAACAAAGGUGGUGGCGCGCUGAGCGCGGUCGCAGCGACGGGUGCGCCGGUUAUUUUUCUCGGAACGGGCGAACACUUUGAGGAUUUCGAAAAAUUCUCUGCGGAUGGCUUUGUUUCCAAGCUUCUGGGUUUAGGCGACGUGAGAGGCUUGGUCGACGAACUGAGCCAAAACAUGAUUGACGUGGAAAGACUCAAAUCUUUGGGCGAAGAAUCUGCUGACGGCCGCGUGGAUGUGUCGAAACUGCAGGACUGCUUUAAAUUAAGGGUUGGAGGAGCAUUUCAUUUCAACGAGCUUGUCUCGUCCCUUGGGAUUUGAUAGUUUUAGCAGUUAGCAGGAUACUUCAGGAUACUUGUCGAUAGUUACCCUUUUCUCUUUUCUAUCUUCCUCUGGUCUGUCUUUUUUCUAGUUAGGUCGGCGCCACCAAAACUAUAAGAAAUGAAUUGCUUCAACCUUGAAUCAAAGGAGAACACAAGAAUCUGAUAGGAAAUAUUCUGGAUGGGAAAUUUACGUUGCGAAACCUCUAUGAGAUGUUCCAGAGCAUGAACGGCAUGGGACCUAUGGGAAGUUUGAUGAACAUGAUGCCUGGGAUGAUGAACAUGAUGCAGCAAGGGGUGGAUAAGAAGUUAUGAGCUGAGCACUUGUAGAAUUUUUUGAUUGAUUGAUUGAUUGAUUGAGUUUCAAACCAGAGUCCUGAUUCGUCGGCCUUCGAUGCAUCGACUUUUUACUUGCAAUUAAAUCAAAGUCGAAAUUAUAUUUAUAUGACUCAAAUAAAUUAGUUUUAGCAGAUAGGAGGAAACUUGAUGAUAGUUACCCUUUUCUCUUUUCUAUCUUCCUCUGGUCUUUCUUUUUUCUAGUUAGGUCGGCUCCACCACAAUUUAUAUGACUCAAAAAAUAAAAGUCCACCUUGGACCUCAUCUAAGAAAAGCCGCUGCCGACCGCGUAAAGAGACUCAUCGUGAUGAUGGACUCAAUGACAGAUGAGGAGAUGGAUGGCCUUGUAGAUGUAAAGAAUAGUGCGAGUAGGCGGUUACGGAUAAUGCGAGGUUCUGGGUGCAAGAGUGAGCAAGAGUUACUGGUACUGAUUACUUUGAAAGAUGCGUUGUAAGAAUGAACUUGGUUUAAGUGAACUUGGUUUCUGAUAGCAAGUAUAUUAAGUAAGGACUGUAGUUCUCGGACUAGUGUUGUAUGAUCACCCCUGACUCAUGGUGCAAAAGAUUGAUGAAGAAACUCAAACUACAACCACAGUUCUUCUUCUUUAUCCUCGUCCAACAUCCUAUCUAUCUCAAAAGAAUACUCCAUCUCCACAGCACUUGUUUACCGAGCACGCUCGCAUAGCGGAUAUGGUCGAGAAGAUGGGCGGUUCUAUAGAUCUUAACAACCCAAUGGCCAUGAUGCAGAAUAUGCAAAAAAUGCUGACGCCAGAUAUGAAAAAACAUUAAGGCUCUCACUAUUAGAAAGUCAUCGUUAACCACUGCAUCGUUCGUUGAGAAGUAUGGGAAAAUGUUAAUGUUUCCCUUUGAUAGAAUUCGUCUUCGUGACGAGAAUUCAUCUACUGUUAGACCUCUCCACGUUUCUGGGAGAUGAAACGUGGAGAGGUCUAACAGCAGAUGCAAUCCAUGCUUGGCGGCGCUGGAGGGAUGGGGGGGAUGGUUGAGCAGAUGAUGGAGUCGAUGGGCAUGGGUAAAAUGCCACCUGGCAUGGUAGACUCGAUGCUCGGAAGCAUGUUUGUUAUGGCAAAGGUGGAUGAAGGUGAAUAUACGUAGUUAAUGAAUAUCUUCACCUCUCACUUCGCUCCGCACUUCUAGCCCUUGUUCUGUUGUCACGAUAUAACUUUGUGUCCACAAGGCCCACGUGGUGGAGUCAACGCAGAUUUUUUGCGCGAAAUGAAUGAAUGAAUGAACGUAGUUGAUGAACGUAGUUAAUGAAGAUUCUUAACGUACUAGUUGAAUGUUUUGCUCUGUAAGCGCAUUUUGUACAAAGAAAAGUAGCAAAAAAAAAAUGCACUGCCGUUGCCAUAUUCUUGUAGUUAGGGUAGAUAUCGAGAUUUAAGUACUAAUCACACACCUUCGUAGGAUCAUUAAAAGAGUCGAGAAAGGUUUUUGGAGGGAUUAUCGGGGGGAGAAAAAUACUAAUAGAUUUUUCUAAUCUCUGCGGAGGUGAUAACACAGGCGGGAUGCCAGGACUACCACCCGGAAUGCCGCCUGGUAUGUUUAACGCUUUACCAUCUUCUACCUCUAGUGAUAAUUCCGGAAUAUCCCCCGCUCUGCAAGUGCACACACCGAAAGUCAGCGCUGGAGGUGGUCCGACACCAGCAAGUAGUAGUAGUAGUUCCGCUGUCCUCGUCCUUCGACCACAGACAGAAGUGAAAAUACAAGGGUUGAAAUCAAGGCCUGCCGAAAACGGAAAAGUUGGAAAGAUAUUAGGAUAUGAUGAAGCAAAGGGGAGAUACAUGGUCGGAAAUAUCGCGGGAUUGGAGCAGCCAUUGGCCUUGAAACCUGCGAACUUCUGUCAAACAAAAGUUAGAGUACUAUCUUCGUCCUCAGAGCCGAGUAAUCGAGGGGAAACGACGAUAAUUACAACGACUACGACGAGUGGAGAAAAUAAUACAAGUGGUUCAAAUACAAGUGCUAGUAGUGGUUCAAAUACAAAUACAACUGGUUCUCCAAAGAAGACACCAGCAGGAGGAGGGUCGGGCUCUCCUUCUUCAGCUGGAGGUGAAACGCCAAAGGCUUCUUCGAGUAAAAGUCGUCUUUGGGAAGUCCUUGGAUUUGGGUCGUCCUCUUCUUCGUCAGACAAGGAUUUGGGUCAAGAGCACGGAGUGCUUAGCUUAUGACAGGAGUAGUUCUGAAUGUACCACGUAAGAUAAAAUGAAUCAUACUUUUUACAGGUAGACCACUAUGACCAAGCGAUUCGUGAAAUGACUGGAACUCGUAUGCCUGUCUGAUACAAAUGAGUUCAUGUGUAAAUCGUAGCUAGCUUCCGCUUCUCAACUACGGCAGGGGCACACCUCUAAUCGGAUCCCUGCAAGAGUUUACUUUCCGCGCUCGCAAUGAGGAGAGCGGGAGCUUAGUGGAAGAUGCAUCUCUAGUAGGCUCAGCUUUCGUAUUGGGCGAAGGCCAGGCAGUAAGGGUGCAUUCACUGCAAUCUGAGAAGGGGAGAGCGUGGAACGAGUGCUACGGCACCAUCAUGGGCUACGAUACGACCACGGGUCGUUACGCUGUGGAUAUGGGCGAUGCAGGAAAGACGCAACUCAAAAUCAAGCUAGCGAAUAUGAUGUUGUAGGAUAAUCAGAGUUUUGGGGGGGGUGUUUUCUCUUCAGAAUCAGUGACCAAUGAGGUCCGAGCUUCAACUCUAGGUUCCGUGUUUCACAGACGGAAACCACGCUCACGUCAAAAGAUAUUGAGGUACCAUAUGAUUCGACAUAUUUUCAUUCUCACGUCUACAUCUACAUGUUCAUCAUCUCCCCAAUGAAUGUGGACACCUAUAAACCUGUUGGGUACAACUUCCACCACAAAUUACAAACGCCCUAGAAAUUUCGAGUACAGCCAAG